AUGUUUUUUAAUGGAUGUUAAGAUCCUAAAUUUCAUCUAACUGCAGCGUGAGUUGUGCUUUGAUUAGACUAAUUCAUUGGAUGAUUCUUUGCCAUGGUUGCUCUUGAAAGUACAAAGAUUAAAGGCAAGUGAGCCCCUUUUUUUUAAAGGGAUUCAAAGAUAUCAAAGGCAAAAAUCUUUUGCUUUGGUUUGGCAAAGGAUGGCAAGUGACAUCAUCAAAGGCAGCUGUGGUUGCUGUCCUUUUAAAUAGACUGAGUGUCAUUUGUCAAUUGAGAGUGUUCACUUUGCCGGAGAAAAGCCACGCUAACACAGGUAGAACAUGCAAAAACUCUUAUUCUGACCGCGAACCAGAGUCUUCUAGCUGUGCAAUGCAAAGACGUUUUUUUAAAUGUAUCAAAUGAAUUUAGUGGCAAUUUUUUCGUUGUAAUAUAUUCCUCUACUUCUGCUGAGACUCACUCCGUCCGUUCCUCUUUGCAGUGCAACUUGAUCCGAGUUCAGUUGCAAAUCUGGUCAGUCUUGCCGAUCAACUACUUAAGAAGGCUUAAGAAGUGGACAUUGUAAUAACGCCCUCCCGUAGAGGCGGUUAGAGGAGGUGGAGCCACACUGAAAAGAGAAGUCACAUCCCCCGAUGACAGCUGGGCUGCAGUCAGUGUAAGACAUUGUUACUGCAGAGAACAACUGGGAUAAGGUUUAAGACACAGCAGAACAGCCUUCUAUAUAUAAACUGUGUGUGUUCACCAUGGCACUUGCUGCCUGUCCGCUGUCUGAGGCGCAGUUUCUGUGCUCCAUCUGCCUGGACGUGUUCACCUGUCCCGUCACCAUACCGUGUGGACACAACUUCUGCAAACGCUGUAUCACCAUGAACUGGAAGAUCAGCAGGAAGAUCCAGUGUCCCCUGUGCAAGAGGCUUUUCGACACGAGCCUCGAGCUGCACGUCAACUACUUCAUAUCUGAGAUGGUUGCUCAGUGGAGACAGUGGUGCACGAGGGAAGCCUCAGAAGUUGCUGAGAGAGGCGAGGUCCUCUGUGACAUCUGCACCGGGACCAAGCCAAAGGCUCUCAAGUCCUGCCUGGUGUGUCUGGCCUCGUACUGUGGGGUUCACCUGGAGCGACAUCACCGAGUGGUGGCUUUAAAGAAACACAAGCUUAUUGACCCGCUCAGUAACCUAGAGGGCAGAGUGUGUACAAAGCACGAUGAGUUCAUGGAUCUGUUCUGCAAGACUGACCAAACGAGCGUGUGUCAGUUUUGCAAGGAGACAGACCAUCAGUCACAUGAUGUUCUGCCCCUGGAAGUGGAGUACAAAGAAAAGAAGAGCGAGCUGGGGAAGAUGGACGUUGUUUUUCAGCACAUGAUCCAGAAGAGCCAGCUGAAGGUGCAGGAGAUUCAGCAGGUGGCAACGCUCACCCAUGCAGCAGCAGACAAAGAAUUAGCAGAUGGUGUCCUUUUCUUCGAUCUACUGAAGCAGCUUGUGGAGACGGGCCUGGAUGAGCUCCUUGGACACAUUACUGAGAAAGAGUACAUGGCAAAAAAAAGAGCUGAGGUCUUCAUUAAAGAGAUGGAUUUGGAGAUCUGUCAGCUGAUGAAGACAAACCGUGACGCUAAGCUGCUCUCACUUUCUGACGACCACCUCUACCUGAUCCAGAACUUCUCGUCCCUGAGCGCCCUCCCACCCACUAAGGACUGGGAAAACGUCAGCCUCCAUCAGCCAGCUUUUGAGGGAACAGUGGCCAGAGCCGUGGUUCACCUCAGGGAGACGCUCGACAACGAGAUCAUGAAGCUGCUUCGGGCCGAACUGGAAAGGGUGCAGCAGUAUGCGGUGGAUGUGACGUUAGACCCUGACACGGCACAUCCCAAACUCAUCUUGUCUGAUGAUGGAAAACAAGUGAGUCACAGUGACACAGAGAAGAAUCUUCCCAGCAAUCCAGAGAGGUUUUCAUACUGUGUUAUGAUCAUGGGGAAGCAGAGCUUCUCCUCUGGUAAAUUCUACUAUGAGGUUGAGGUUAAGGGGAAAACUAAGUGGGACCUGGGGGUGGCCAGCGAGUCGGCAAACAGAAAGGGAAAAGUCGUCUCCUGCCCGCAGGGCGGCUACUGGGCUCUGCAGCUGAAGAACAGAAAUGAGUACGUGGCUCUUGCUGAUCCAGACAUCGUGCUCCCCCUGAAACUGCAGCCUCAGAAAGUGGGCGUGUUUGUGGAUUACGAGGACGGGUUGGUCUCCUUUUAUGACGUUGAUGCUGCAGAAAUGAUCUACUCUUUCCUCGGCUGCUCCUUCACCGACAAACUCAAACCGUUCUUCAGUCCAUGUUUAAGUGACAGCGGAGAAAACUCUGCCCCCCUCAGGAUCGCUGAUGUUCAGAGAAAUACUUUGAAUCAGUAUGUGAUGUAAAAGUUGUCAAAAUGACUUGAUUACUACAGAUUUUAUGGUUUAGUUUAGUUUUUUUUAGGAAUUUUUUAUUUGUUUUUCAAUCUUUGUUUCUGUUAGUUGAGUUCCCGCUCAAUAUGAAUUUUUAGCUAAACUUUUUAAACCUUGAAGUGACAGUACAGUUGAACAAACAGAAAUGUUCUGUUAAUGUUCUGUUUAAUUUGAUGUGGAUAUUUGGAGGAUGGUGCUCAUGUCACGUGUGACUUUCAAAUAAAAUAGGUGUUUGUCAGAGAGAUACAGCUUAUUUUAAUCAGGGGAGACUUGGAUUGACAGUGGAAUAAUCUUUUUUUUACAUCAACUGAUACAGACACAGAGAAGUACCACAAGACCAUCUGCCAUGCUGAUGAAAUUAGAGAUGGGGUUAGGAUAUGGAUGGAUUAGGAUGAAUGAAUUAACUUGUCUUGUUUACAGGUUCAAGUAAUGUUUUUAAAGCAGUAGAUGAGGUUUACUAAUUUUCCAAAAUUCAAUAAAAUACAUGUAAAAUGUAGAAGGAAAUGACAAAACAGGAUGUGCUGCAAUUUGCAUUCUCCUCUCAAUACUCGCAAAAAGAAGUCUGUUUGAAAUGGAAGUGUACGGGCAAAAUGAGCUUCUCACUGGAUUCAUAACAUCAAUAAACGUUUUCCCAUGAA